ACAUUAUCUCCCUCCAAAUUUUUCAACAGCCAUGAAUGCCAUCCUCAUUCUCUCAUGGCCAUUCUUCUUCUCUCCCUCUCUCCCCACCCACCAAAUCCUCCCAAAAACCCUAAUCCCACCACCCCAAAACCCACAAUCUCUCUCCCCACCACCACUACCACCACCACCACUCCUACCUCCUCCAAAAGAAACUUGAUCCUCAAGACAACCUCCCUCUUCCUCAUUUCUCUGACCCCUCAGCAACACCCAGUUGCCCAUUCUUCACCGGAAUCUCCUCCGCCGCCUCCAAGGCCGGCUCUUUCUGGCAUCGCCAACACGAAAAAUUGGUUCCAGUUCUUCGGAGAUGGGUUUGCCAUUAGGGUCCCUCCUCAGUUUCAGGACGUUCAGGAGCCGGAGGAUUACAAUUCUGGGUUGUCCCUUUAUGGAGACAAGGUAAAGCCCAAGACCUUUGCAGCGCGUUUUGCAUCUGCUGAUGGAUAUGAGGUUGUGAGUGUUGUUAUUCGCCCAUCGAAUUCACUCAAGAUCACCUUUUUAGAGGCCAAAGACAUAACGGAUUUAGGUUCCUUGAAGGAGGCUGCAAAAAUCUUCAUUCCAGUUGGAUCUACUGUAUACUCUGCCCGAGCUAUAAAGAUAAAGGAAGAAGAAGGUUUUAGGACUUAUUAUUUCUACGAGUUUGGUAUACAACAACAGCAUGCAGCACUUGUAGCUGCUGUUAACGGUGGAAAGACAUAUAUCGCUGGAGCUACUGCCCCGGAGUCUAAGUGGAAUGAUGAUGGCGUGAAGCUUCGCUCUGCUGCUAUAUCGAUGACUGUUUUGUAGUAUGUUUUGGAUGUCGGAUUUGAAAGGCGCGUUGCAGAUUUGCAGCUCAAAAUUUUUGAAAUGUAGACGAAUUCUAGAGUCAUCUGGAGACGGUGUGAAAGCAGAAUAGCUUGUAUCAAAGUUACAGUCGAGGUUCCUCGCAUCAUUGUUGAGAUUUUACAAGGCCAUUCCUUGUCGAAAUUAUGUUGACAGUUUGAGUGGUGUACAAUUCUUUCGGCUUCAACUCGUUAGCUGAUCAUUACUGGUGCUUAUCUGUGUAUUAAUCCGAGUUUUGUUAAACAAACGUCAUUAAAACUAUCAGUACCCCCAGUUUUUA